AAAAGAGACCGUAGGGCUUGUUGGAACCCACAGGACUUCCCUCUCCUUUCUUCUCGUGACGGCCACAGUUCAACUCGUUAGCUUGUAGUACUAGUUGUGUCAACCGCAGUAUUCAAGAGCUUCAGUCAAGAGAAAUCUGACACGAUGCGUUCAUUGACACUCCUUGCCAUCCCUGCCGCCGUUCAGGCGCAGGGCUUUAGCACCACCAUGCUUCGUUUUGGCUGUUCUCAGGUCGUGAUAGACCGGAUCGACCCUCUGGUUGAGCCCGGCAGCAUCCCGUCGGCACACGUUCACCAAGUCGUCGGAGGAAACGCUUUCAACGCGAGCAUGCCUAAUACGGACAUUUCCAAGCUUGCCACUUGCACAACAUGCACGUUUGACCAGGACUUUUCCAACUACUGGACCGCCAACGUGUAUUUCAAGGCUCGCAACGGCACCUACAAGCGUGUGCCGCAGAUGGUGAACGACGCCAUUGGAGCUGCUAACGCGGGCAUCACCGUCUACUACACUGCUCCUGGGCCAAACACCGUGACUGCAUUCAAGCCGGGCUUCCGCAUGUUUUCGGGCGACGCCGCUCGUCGUACCUCGUCAGGGCUUGGACGCAACAUGCAAAGCUGCUUCCGCUGCUACACGGGCCCUAACUUUGGCGGCAACAUCUACUCGCCCUGCAUGGAUCCCCAGCGCGAUACCGAGACGUUCCCGAAGCAGCCGUGCCCCGGUGGUAUCCGGUCGAGUGUCAUCUUCCCCAUCUGCUGGGACGGCAAGAACCUGGAUACCCCCAACCACAAGGACCAUGUCGCCCACCCGGUCGAUGGCCCGGCCACGUUUGCCGUAGUCAACGGCAAGUGCCCGGCCAGCCACCCCGUCAAGAUUCCCCAGGUGCACUACGAGAUCGUCUGGGACACCACCAAGUUCAACAACAAGAACGAAUGGCCUGAGGAUGGCUCGCAGCCAUUUGUGCUCAGCAACGGCGACCCCACCGGCUACGGCCAACACGGCGACUAUGUCUUUGGCUGGAAGGACGACUCGCUGCAGCACGCCAUGGACAACAACUGCUUCGGCCCGACCUGCCGCGGCCUGACCACCCAGGGCUUCGACAAGGCCAACAAGUGCCAAGUCAAGACGGUUGUCAGAGAGGACACCGAGGGCUGGCUGCAACACCUGCCUGGCCAAGAGCAUAUGUCCCCUAUGUAAAUGGGUUAGAUUGGAAUGGUCAGAGCAGCGAGGAAGAUGACGGCCUGGUGGCUGGUGGUGGCCGAGAUAUUCGAAGAACCGGGAGGUGUUUGGUUUAUAAGGGUGUCUCUCGUUUGGCGCGCGCUUGUAAUCUCCUUGUAAGAGCUAAGACGCAGUCAAGUCCUACUUCAA